AUGUCGGACAACGCGUUUGACGUUCUCAUCAUCGGUGCUGGCAUCAGCGGCAUCAACUCCGCUUACAGGCUUCAAGAGGGUCUCCCAGACUACUCCUAUGCCAUCCUAGAAGGCCGUGAGGAGAUUGGUGGGACGUGGAGUUUGUUCAAGUAUCCCGGCAUCAGAUCUGAUUCAGAUCUUCAUACCUUCGGCUUCCCGUGGGACCCAUGGAAAGAAGAUCGCGCCAUUGCCGACGCUCCAUCGAUCCUCAAUUAUGUCAAAACCACUGCCGCUCGGCACGGCAUUGACAAGCAUGUCCGCUACAGCCACAAAGUCGAACACAUGAACUGGUCCAGCGAGCAACAGCAUUGGCAACUCGAUGUCACGGUCAAUGGAUCUGAGAAGAAGACCUUCUACUCUCGCUUCCUUCUCCUAGGAACAGGCUACUACGACUACAAGACGCCCCUGCAAAGCAAGAUUCCUGGCAUCGAGAACUUCAAAGGCACCGUCGUGCAUCCGCAGUUCUGGCCUGAGAACCUCGACUACGCAGACAAAAAGGUCGUCAUCAUCGGCAGCGGUGCCACAGCCGUUACCCUGCUGCCCAACAUGGUCGACAAAGUCAAGCGUAUCACCAUGCUCCAGCGGAGCCCCGGCUACUUCCUCCCCAUCCCGCUCACCGAGCCCGUCGAUCAACUCAUCAAAAAGGUCCUGCCUGAGAGCUGGGCGUACACUUUAAUCCGAAUCAGAUUCAUGCUCGUCUCGUUCCUCUUCUUCCAGUUCUGUCGCCUGUUCCCCAAACAGGGCAUCAAAGUCCUGCGAAAGGGAACCGAGAAGGCACUCCCACCCAACAUCCCCUUCGACCCGCAUUUCGUGCCCAAAUAUAAGCCCUGGGAGCAGAGGAUGUGCAUUACUCCAGGGGGCGACUUCUUCGCGGCUCUCCGCACUGGCAAAGCCGACGUCGUCACCGACACCAUCGAGACCGUGACCGCCAACGGCAUCACUCUCAAAUCCGGCCAGACCCUCGACGCCGACAUAAUCAUCACCGCCACAGGCCUGAAGAUCCAAUUUGGCGGCGGCGCCACCGUCUCCGUCGACAACCAGCCCUUCCAGCUCAGCCAGAAAUACACCUGGCGUGGCGCCAUGCUGCAAGACCUGCCCAACUUGACCUUUGUCUUCGGCUAUACCAACGCGAGCUGGACGCUUGGCGCCGACGCCACGGCCCAGCUGUGGGUCAGAAUACUCAAGAGCAUGCGCGAUAAGAACAUGACCAGCGUUGUACCCCGGAUGAGCGAGAAUGAAGGAGUCCUCAAUGUGCCGUUCCUCAAUCUGAACAGCAGCUAUAUCCAGGCGGCGGAGAAGGAUCUUCCCAGGGGUGGUGAUCGAGGUCCCUGGAAACCAAGAAGUUCGUUCUUGAAGGAUAUUUGGUUCGCUCGCUUCGGCGAUAUCCAGACCGGGUUGCAUUUCACAAGAGUCUCGACUUAA